AGAGUAGAAUUCAGUGUUUUCACAGCAGUCGUGUUCACAGCCUUCAAUACUUCAGCACCAACUCAGGAGCAUUUGGAAAGUUUUCGAUCCGUAGCAGUCAAUCAAUCAACACGAUGUCUCAACUCUCAGGAGAAAGCGACCUGUUUGACUGGGGUGAUAAGUCAGAAGUCCCCCUUGAAUGGGGGGAUCUGCCUGAAAUCCCACUUGACCUGGAAACUGACACAGAUUACUGGGCUUUUCGGCAAGAUGUUUCAGUUGACACUGAAGCCGACCCCUUCAACGGUGAUGAUCAGCUUAAUUCCCACAGAAGUGGAUCAGAUCAGCGUGUGCAGGAGGAGAAACUUCUUGUGGAUGAUAUGUGCAGCAAACUCCAAGUGGCGGAGAGAAAACUCCAAGAGCUGCAAUCUAAGCUCCAAGACACGGAGGGAAAACAGGAAAACUUGCAAGUUAAGUUGAAUGAAGCCAUGGAAAGAAAUAAAGACAUGGUGAAAGAGAAGGAAGAGCAGGAUGCAGUACGCGCAGAGCUGCAAUCCGAGCUCAGAGAUAUGAAGAAAGAAAACGAAGGCUUGCGAGAAAAGUUUAAUGAAGCUGUGAUGAGGAACACGCACGUGCUUAUACAGCAGGAGCAACAGCAUGCAAAAUGCACAAAACUGGAAACAGAGCUGCAAGAAAUGAAGGAAAGAAACCAAAGCUUGCAGGAAAUGCUUGAUCAAGCAUUGGGAAAAAAAGUAACAAUCCUAAAAGAGAAGAAAGAACUGAAGAUGAAGCACACAGAGGUCAAAUCCAAACUGGAAGACACGGAAAAGAAGCACAGGGUGGUGCAGGCCAAAUUGGAGGACAUGCAUAAACAGAAUAAAAAUUUGCAAGGACUGCUUCACAAGGCCCAGCAAGGCAAUGCAGAUGUCCUCAAAGAAAAAGAAGCAAAGCACAGGGAGAUGCUCCACAAGAUGGAAGAGAGGAACAAGAAGAUGCAGUGCAAACUCCAUGAAAUGGAGGGAAAAAAUGCACAAGUGUUAAAGGACAACGAACAGCUGGGCAAAUCGCAGAAAAAUCUGCAAGAUGUUCUCCGAGAAUCUGAAAAGAAGAACGGAGAACUUCUGGAGAAAUGCAAAUCACUGGAGCAGUGCAAAGACCAUCUGGAGAAAAUCUGUUCAGAGAUGCAGAGCAGGACGGAAGCUGUGGUGAGCAAAAAUUCUGAACUGGAAGAGCUGUAUAAAAAUGCUCAGGAAGCACAAAAAAUACAGCUGCAGAAAUACAACCAUCUGGAAGCAAGGCAUGCAGAAAAGCAUGACAGAGUUAAAGAACUCGAGGUGAGGUGCACAAAAGCUGAAGCUGAGAAUGCAGAAACUCUCAGUGAUCUGCACACCAUCAUCCUGCAGCACAAAGAGCUGCACGAGCGCUGCCUCAAAAAGAAGAAGCGCUUCAAGUUUCUCCGGAGGACCUCUGCUGCUUCAGCUCAAACACAGCUCGCCUCGUCUGCCACCACCUUCGAUCCAUCUCCUGGACCUUGACCUCUCCUCUGUGCCUUUCUUUCCUCCAGCCAUCCUCUCUAUCCCCUUCUUCUCUCUCCCUCCUUAUUCUUUUCC